AUUCCAUAUGCCCUGGGAAAACUGAAAAAGCUAGAAGCUCUUGAAUUGGGAGAGAAUAGAUUGGUUGGUACCAUUCCUUCCUCAAUCCUUAAUGUGUCUUCUCUCACCGACUUUAAUGUGGGGGGUAACCAACUUCAAGAUUAUUAGGGAACUCGUUUCUUGAACUGUCCUACCAAAAUCUACUUAAAGCUACAGAUGGUUUUUCACCGGCCAAUUUGAUUGGCGUCGGUGGCUUUGGCUCAGUGUAUAGAGGAAUCAUUGAUCAUGGAGGAAAAGUUGUUGCAGUUAAGGUACUAAAUCUUCAAGCCGCUGGAGCUUCCAAGAGUUUCAUAGCCGAGUGUAAAGCCUUGAAGAACAUCAAACACCGAAACCUUGUUAAGGUGCUCACAGCAUGUUCAAGUGUUGACUAUCAAGGCAAUGAUUUCAAAGCUCUCGUUUAUGAAUUCAUGGUCAAUGGAAGCCUAGAGGAGUGGUUGCAUCCAAAUGAGAAUGGACAUGGGGUGCAUAAUGAGUCAAAAAGUUUAAAUCUUCUUCAAAGGUUAAACAUUGCAAUUGAUUUCGCUUCUGCACUUGAUUAUCUCCACCAUCAUAUCUCAGAACCAAUUGUUCACUGUGAUUUGAAGCCCAACAACAUUCUUUUGGAUGAAGAAAUGGCUGCACGUGUAGCUGAUUUUGGGCUAGCAAGAUUCUUUCGAGAUACUAUUUGUACUUCAUCUACAAAUCAAUCAAGUUCCAUUGGCAUAAAGGGGUCUAUUGGUUAUAUGGCUCCAGAGUAUGGUAUGGGAAAUGAAGUAUCAACAUCCGGUGAUGUGUAUAGUUACGGAAUCCUUGUAUUGGAGAUGUUUACAGCCAAGAGACCUACUGAUAGCAUGUUUAUUAAUGGUAUGUCUCUCCACAACUUUGCUAAGAUAGCUCUGCCUGAACAAGUAGAGAGCAUUGUUGAUCCAACAUUGCUUCAACAAAUAGAACAAGGGCAGGCAAGCUCAAGCAUCAACAAUGGUCGUAGCCAAAGAUUCACUGGAAGUCACAAGAUUCGGGAGAUCUUGAUUUCAAUAUUUAAUGUUGGGAUUGCCUGCUCAGAAGAACUUCCUAGAGAUCGACCGGUGAUGAAUGAGGUUCUUACUCGGUUGCAUGCAUCCAAGAAGACUCUUCUUGGAGAUGGAAAAUGGAUCAGAGUUGAAGUAUGACCAUGACUAGGUAUGAACCAUUUACGUUUUCAAUUGUCUCCACAAUGCCUGCAUUUUUUACUACGCUAUUUAAACUCUGUACUAGGCCAGCAAUCCUCCUUUAUAGCCCAUCUCCAAACAUUAACAUUUUGAAGCUUGACCUAUUCUCACACACACACAAAAGCAUUCUGAAGUUUGCAUAACACCGCAAUUAACUGAUUUUUGCGUUUGUUUUUUGUUCUAUUUUUUUGUCAUUCUAAGAUUCUUGAGGUAAAACUCUAUUUCUUCAGCAAACUUAAGGAGAAACUAAAUCAGCUAUAUUCAAGUUACAGUUUUAACUUCAAAACAUUUUGAAAAUACCACAGAAUCAAUAUUUUAUGCAACCAAAUUUUGCAAAUUCCUAUUCAACAUACUGGAAUCUUAGAUUUCACACGUUUAAGUUUGGGCACAUGAUUUUUUUUUCCCCGUAUUUUUUGAUUCUUGGAACUGAAUUUUUUAGCUCUGUAGCUUCUUACCUAUGUGUUAAAGUUAAGUGCAUUGAACUGUCCCAUCAAUUCUAAUCAUUUUUAUUUCUUUAAUCGUAGGUAAUUGCGGUGUUAUUGGCCUUAAAAUACCUCGUGGCUUAAAAUUUUGCGUUACAAGUGAUGCUACAUAAUUGCUUUGGCUGCUUCUUAUGGAUACUGUCCUACAGUAUUUAUUUUCCCUUUGUUUUAUGUUUUUUUUUUUGUGUGUGUGAAAAAUGUCCUUUCAGUUUGCUAAAUAAAAUGUCCUUUCAGAGCGAUGACUUGCAAUGACAA